GCAAUCACAAAGAACUGUGUUCGGGCACGUGAUAUUCACCCUAAAGAGAUGGCCGACUCAGAGCAAGUGCAGUGUCAAUUUUGUAAAGGAACGUACAAAAAGAGAGGUCUGGCAAAUCAUCAACGAUCCUGCAAACAAAAACCGCAGGACAUAAAACCUGGUGAGGACAGCGAGUUGCCAUCAGGCAAAGUUUCCUCUACAGAAAAAUGUGAUCAAGAACAAUCAGAAACAAUACAAUGUGAAUAUUGCGGCAGAACAUACAAGAAAAGGGGUCUGGCAACUCAUCAACGGUCUUGUAAACAAAAGCCACAGGAUUCAAAAGAGCAGCGUGAAAGCAGCGAGUUGCAAUCAAGCAAAGUUCCUCCUGUAGCAAACCCUAAACAAGAACAAUCAAACACGCUGCAGUGUCAAUUUUGCGGUGGAACAUAUAAGAAAAAAGGACUUGCGACUCACCAACGAGCAUGUAAACAGAAGCAUAUGGACCACGGGGAAGACAGUGGAAUUGGAACCAGCAGAAGUGUUUUGUCUGAAACGGUGACUGACCCGGUGCAAGCAGGAACACUGCUUGGGCGUCUUUGCAACGAGACACAGAAAACUGAACUAGAACCACAUAUGUGGGACUUUAAACAAAACCCAGGGAAUAUGGCAAGCUGUCCUUUUUGCUGUUGGGAGUUUGCCCACCAAGAUUUACCGACACACGUGCAACGUUGCAAACAAAAUCGGAGCAGACUACAGUCGGAUUCGCAAACUGGUGAGGUAAUUUCUGAAAAUCAGAAGAUCUCUCCACCGUUACAUGAGAAAUUGCUGAGCACAUCGAAGUCAUAUAACCAUAAGCGUGGUGGUGCUGCCAAGGCGAAUGGAGCGACUAAAGACGAGUUGUUACUCCUCAAAAAAUUCCUGAUCACCCCUCAAGGUGGCUAUGCCUCGCUUCCACAGCACGGGGUAUCCAUUGUGGUCCCAGAGGGGGCAAUCACUGAGAAAAGUAAAGAACUGUUUAUCGGCAUCAGCAAUAGGAAGGAAGAUCGCCCAGUCCUUCCUACUGGCCAGUCAAGAACUAGCCCAAUCAUCGUGUGCGGGCCUCACGGCACGCAUUUCAAAAAGCACGUGCUCCUCAGUUUUCCGCACAAUGUACCAAAUGUUGAUAACGCAGUUGUAAAGCUCUGGCAAUCGCAGACAGAUCUGAACCAACAAUGCAAAUGGGAAGAAGCCGAUGCCCGAACGUGUGUUAACUUCACACCGACAAGAUGCUUGCUCUCUUUGAAUCAUUUUACAAAACACACAACCUCUUGCAGCCAAAAGCGUGUACUUGCAGCUGCGUUCGGUGACUACGAUUGCGACACUGCUAAGCUCUCUCUUAACGUCCACUGCGUAGAUGACAUGCCUACUGCUCUAAAGGAGCUGAAUGAACAGAUGGCAGAGUUGAACAUGCAUCGCCUGGCACCAGAUGGCAGGUUUGUGUUUCACUCAUGCGUAUGCCGCGAGGAUGAGGAGCGAGAUGUCAAGGUCACAUUGCUGGACCUUGGAAAAAAGUGGAGAGUGACCUCGCCAGGGGGCGCAACUGGUGGUGGCACACCUCAGAUAAUUUACUUCGACGAAUUGCAAAACAACCUACAGCCAUAUCGCAAUUACGUUCUUAAACCACAUGGAAUGGACCCUGUGCGUGACCUUCACUGUGACAUCGACGUCCGGCAGGAGAACCAAGAUCCAAAAUCAUCAAGCGCCAAAAUUCUCGUCAGGAAGUCCAUGUCACAGAUCGUCAAAUUCAAUACCCCAAGAAGCUCGUCGUCUGUACAGUUUGAGAUCGGCACAGGCACACUAAAAUCGGACUUGCAUCCAAUGCGCUUUUUGUCUCCGAAAGAGCGGACUUCUCUUAACGAAGCUGUCAAAACCCCAAAGAUAUGGCGUAUUAUUGCCGCCGACAUUGGGCUGGAUGGAACCGCUGAAAGAAAAGGAGUGGAUUUGGAGCCUUGUGCUUUGGUCUUUUUUGCAGUGGGUGAAUCGUUUCUGGAAAUGCUGAAAUUGUUUAGAAGGGUCGAGCGAAAAGCACAUGUUAAAAUGCAGAAAAGUUUGGACAUUAUUUAUAAUGCCCGCAUCCUAGAAGCAAGCUACGAGAAGUUGAAACGUCACACCCCUGAAAUUAUAAACAGCGUUGACCCUAAGGACGUAUAUAUACAGCUUUUUGCUGAUGGGAUAUUGACAUUCUACGACAAAGACGAGAUAGAAAAGGCUUGUACAAGAUCCACUGUCAAUGGGUGCUCCAUUUUACUGAAUAAAAUCUUUCUUUGUCCAGUGGAGAAAACCCCGAUUCCCAAGCUGUGCAAUGCGCUGCGCGAACAGAACUGUAAAAGAAUGGCAGACCUCCUCGAGUUGUCGUUAGAUGACAUUGAACCAAAAGAGACUUGACAAUCUUUGAAAAAUGAGCUUUGUCCAUCGAUGGGUGCACGUGAUAAAUUCUAAUGGAUAAAUGGGCAAAAUAGUAAUUAAUUUCAAAUUUGUUUUUCAAUAGUAUGAUAAUCUUUAAAUAGUCUUUUUGUAUGUAUGCAUAUGCUAUCCAGCCAAGUUUAUGUUCGUUUGAUUAUAGUGUUGCAACUGUGUGCCUAGUUACUUAAACACGCUGAAGUAUUAUGCAUUAAAUAUUUUCCCCUUUCAACGAGGAAGUUUUUUAAGGUGCUAGAUCUAGUACUUUCCCAAAACCUCCCCUUUUUCUCCCCCGGGCUAACGUGGCUCUGACUCAUAAUCUCUGGAGAUAACGAGUCAGAGCUCUGGCUACAGGGUGCUCAUACUUAGACUGGGCUCCCAUGCCUAAAUCGAUCUAUCUGGA